AUGCUGCUGCCAGGUCCAGAGUUACUGUCAUGGGUCCCUGUACGGCCUCCCCCAAUUGCUGCUGUCUCCAUCGCCACACUCUGCCAUGUGCCACUUUCAGGUCUCCUCACACACUGCUGGUGUGUUGAAUUUUUUUGACAUAGGGUGCUGGCAGAUUACGGGCCUCCUAUAGCUGCUGCCAGGCCCCUAAUUCUGCCAUAGGCCCCUAUAUACCUACUUCCUCAUGCUGCUGGCCAGGUCCAGAGUCUGUCAUGGGUUCCCUGUACGGCCUCCCAUUGCUGCUGUCUCCAUCGCCACACUCUGCCAUGUGCCACUUUCAGGUCUCCUCACACACUGCUGGGUCCAGAGUCUGUCAUGGGUCCCUGUACGGCCUCCCAUUGCUGCUGUCUCCAUCGCCACACUCUGCCAUGUGCCACUUUCAGGUCUCCUC